CUAUAUGUAUACUCCUCACGUUCUGUUGAUCCUCUGAUAGCCAUAAACUCUUAUCCUUUGGGAGAGAUGGAUCACGCUGCAGACGCUCAUCGGACGGACCUGAUGACGAUUACCAGAUUCGUGCUUAACGAGCAGUCUAAGCACCCGGAUAGCAAGGGCGACUUUUCCAUUCUUCUCAACAAUAUCGUUCUCGGCUGCAAGUUUGUUUGUUCCGCCGUCAACAAGGCAGGCCUAGCAAAACUCAUAGGACUUGCUGGGGAUACAAAUGUGCAGGGUGAAGAACAGAAGAAAUUAGAUGUUCUUUCAAAUGAAGUUUUUGUUAAGGCUUUGAUAAGUAGUGGGCGUACGUGCAUUCUUGUUUCAGAAGAAGAUGAGGAGGCAACAUUUGUUAGUCCACCAUUGCGUGGAAAAUAUUGUGUGGUUUUUGAUCCACUGGAUGGUUCCUCUAACAUAGAUUGUGGUGUUUCAAUCGGAACAAUUUUUGGGAUCUACCUAGUGAAUGACUUAGAGGCAACAAUAGAUGAUGCUUUGCAACCAGGGAAAAACAUGCUAGCAGCUGGUUAUUGCAUGUAUGGAAGUUCUUGCAUGCUUGUGCUAAGUACUGGGAAUGGUGUAAAUGGUUUCACCCUAGAUCCAUCUCUAGGGGAGUUUAUACUGACCCAUCCAGAUAUUAAGAUACCAAAGACAGGAAAAAUAUAUUCAGUAAAUGAAGGAAAUGCCAAAAACUGGGAUGGACCAACGGCAAAGUACAUAGAAAAUUGCAAGUUCCCUAAGGAUGGUUCAUCACCGAAAUCUCUUCGUUAUGUUGGAAGUAUGGUUGCUGAUGUCCAUCGAACUCUGCUUUAUGGUGGGAUAUUUUUGUACCCUGCGGACAGGAAGAGUCCCAAUGGAAAAUUAAGGGUUCUCUAUGAAGUGUUCCCAAUGUCAUUCUUGAUAGAGCAAGCAGGAGGUCAGGCCUUCACCGGAAAGAUAAGGGCCCUCGACCUGGUUCCCAAGAAAAUCCACGAACGGUCUCCCAUUUUUCUUGGCAGUUAUGAAGAUGUUGAGGAGAUCAAAGAACUCUACGCAGCUGCCCAAAACCAAAUCUGAUGUCGAGAGAUCAUGAGCUUUAAAUUCUGCUUCAGGAUUGCAUGUAUUUGCUUCUUAAAAUUUCUCAAAUGUUCGAACUGCAGUUUUUAUUUAAGCAUGUACUAAAUGUAUGUUUUAUUGUAUGUCUCUGUUGUAAAUAUUCAAUCCAAUAUUAUCUUUUAUAAAAAAAAAUGAUACUUAAGUAAA